GAUUUAUGACAGUCGCCGUCUUGCCAUCGGCCCGAAAUGACCGUGAAAUAGUUUUUCUUAUUUUCUCCAAAGAAUAAUUAUAAUUACUGAAGGAAUCUCACACAAUUCUUGCAAUAAGUAUUCCCGCAGAGGCAUAACAAAAUUUUCUUUCGCACUUUGAUGAACUUCCGAGGCAAAAAAUGACCAGCAAAUGGAAAGCGAGCUAUCGCGAAAUCAAGGAAAAACAUGACGAAGCCUACCACACUCUGCAGGAUGCAUGCCGAGAGGAUGUUAAUGAGAAUCUCGAAGUGGCUCUUGAAAAGUACAAAGUAGGUUUAACCGCCAUGAAUGCAGCUCUGAGUGUCCCUGUCUCCUAUCCCGAAUCAAUUGAUGAUACUUGGAAGCAUGCAAUAAAAAUGAUCUCUCAACUGCAGAAUACAAAGCCUGAAAUUGAGCUUCGUAUUGAGAUACUCACGAGAUGUCUGGAAGAGAAAAAGCUCAAGGAAGGAAAUCCCACAACAUUCUCAGAGCUCGUUCGGGCUCUCAAGGAAGUAGAAAAUUCUCCUGAAACUUGCGAUGUUACCCGUGAGUUGGUAUUUUGCUGUGAAAAUGUAAAAUUCUAUAGUAUAAAGCAGGAUGGCAAUGUUACCCUAACUCUGGAUAAUACUCUCCUGGAGAUUUGGAAGUACACAAAGGCUACAUCAAUAGCUGCAGAUGCUGAUCGUGGGACAUUUUUCAUGCAAAUAACUAAGACUUCAGAACCCGUUCUGGCAGCUGCAGUGAAGAAUGCUGCAGCAGAUGAGGAGAAUACUGAUCCAAAUAUUCCUGAUAAAAAUUUGGCAGAAAUCAUAUGGACUUAUCCACUUCUUCCGGGUGUUUCUCCGUGCUUCCGGACACGAUUUGGUGCUAUAAUCUUCCCGGACUUGAGGGCGCCUCCUAGUGCAGGGGCUACCAUUGGGAUCCAGGUGGAAGGACCACCUGAUGAAGUUUUGAUGGAGAUUCUUGAUGAGAUCCUCAAAUGCGUCUACUGGCAGGAAGGAGAACUAGCUAAUCUCAAACGACACUCUCGAUCACUCGUUGUCUCUGAGAAAAUCACAAAGGGAGCCUACUAUCUCUCCCAAGGGCUCAUCCGUGGAUCCCAAAAAACAGGAGAACUAAUAACAUACGGUACACCAUAUCUCAUGUCUAAACUUUCCAAGGCACCGGACAAUGUGCCCCCGGUUUCCGGAAAAGUUGAGACAAGCGUGAAAGUGGCAAAAACAGUUACAGGAACAGCAGCAUCUGUCACAGGUUUUAUGGCACAGAAACUCGGUUCAGCCACAAUGGCUCUGGGCAGAUUUAUUGCUCCGCAUCUUCAGCAUCAGGGAUCUCGUUUGCUCUCUCAGGGUUUGGGUAUGAGUGAGGCAGAUGCAUCUGAGAAGAUGGCUGAUGCCCUAACAGUUGCAGCUGGUGCUGUUGAAGCUUUUGGCACAGUAUACAGUGGCCUAGAGGAAUCUGCGUCGAUUCUUGGACGGAGUCUCAGUAGCAAUUCCGUGAAGGUGAUUGAACACAAGUACGGACCAAGUGCUGGGAAUUUGGCAUCCAAUACAUUUGAAACAGCAGGGAAUGUUUUUGCUCUCAGCCAGAAUGUUAAACUGAUGACACCCAAAGGACUGGCCAAGAAGACAGCCAAGAGUGCAGGAAGAGCUCUAGUGGAGGACUUCCAGCCACAGAGCGGACCAUCGAGACAGAUUAAUAAUACAAGGACUGACACUGGAAAUGAGUAAUCUCUGAGGAAUCUACAAGGUAUUUGCACAUAGUUAGGCAUUAAGUACACUCAAUCUGAGAUUUAUUUUAGAUCUAUUUGAAGGGAUCUUUAAAAAUUUGUAUAUUGUGAAAGUUUCAAGAGAAAAUAUAUAUUUUUCGAGCCAUUCUGGAUACUUUCGGCAAUAUUGAAA